GUCAAAUGUGGUGGUUUGUGUUGAGAAGUUAUGUUUUUUAAGUUUCUCCCCGUAAAAAUUGAAAAUUUCUUUAAAACACGGUGGAUUAAACCCCUCAUAACAGUCCUCCACUUUCAGUGUCUUAAAUAUUGACGAAAAGGUUGUAGAAAUGUGUUAAAAAUGUAACAAAGUGUUCAUAACGGUACCAGUAGAUCUUGUUUUAUUGAACCCAAAUCUGGUAUUUCCGAAAGGAUGAAAUAAAUUAAAUUAAGAACAACCGGUUCCGCACGUCUACACGAAAUAAAUUAAUGCUAAAUAAAAUUUGAAUAUUUAGAUAAGGAUCAUUUUAGAGCAUUAAAAGAUGGAUAGCCAAAAGUUAGAAGUUACAUUCUUGUUCCAAUUUGGGCUCAUACGGGAUACUAUUACUGUCCCACAGGCUUCUCUGAAUCUCAAAACUGUUAAAAAUCUCGCAGUUAGCUUCCUUAAUUCUAAGAUUCCAGAUCAUGGUGUUAAUAGAAUAGAAGAUCGCAUAUUGUUAUUUCGCCAUGCCUACAGCUCUAACAAUAUUUUACAGUUGAUAAAUUCGGCUUUAGAAAUCUCAGAUGAAACACUUAUAGAAAUAGUUUUAACAGCCAAAGAAAUAUCAGGUCCCCAUGUUCCAGAAAUUACUAUAGUUAGACCGCAUGCCUUGUCCGUGCAUUCAUACAAAGCACCGACGUUUUGUGAUUUCUGUGGGGAAAUGCUGUUUGGGCUGGUCAGACAAGGGCUCAAAUGUGACGGUUGUGGUCAAAACUACCAUAAGCGAUGUGUGAUUAAAGUCCCAAAUAACUGUUCCUACAAUUUGUUGGACGAAAACGAGAAACAGAGACGUAGGUCAACAUCAGCGAACCUGCAAGUACCCCGCAGCCCUUCGGGGGGCUCGAAUACUUCACUGGCUUCGGCGAGUUCCACACAAACCGAGGACAGUGGCCUGUUUCAGAGCAACAACCGAUCGCCUUCGUUGGGAGGUCGGCCGGUAUGGGUCGAAAAAGAAAUGUCUUCGAGAGUUAAAAUCCCACACACGUUCGUCCUACACUCCUACACCAGACCUACGGUAUGUCAAUAUUGUAAAAAAUUACUCAAAGGGUUGUUCAAACAAGGCUUGCAAUGCAAGGAUUGUAAUUACAACGCGCACAAGAAAUGUCUUCAAAAAGUACCGAAAGAUUGUACCGGGGAACUUCCACGUGAUGCUUCAGGCAAUUUCGAACACGCCAGUAGUUGUGCUAGUAUCGAUAGUCACUUUAAUUCUGCCUUAGAUGAGGAUUCGGAGACUACAAAAGAGUCUUCUGUAUCUUUGAAUAACGAUAAUGAUAGCAACAAAUAUAUUGAAGUGAUACCGGUACACGAUGAUGACGACAACGAUCUAACGCCAUCCAGUUCUUCUUCUUCUCCAAGUGCCAACAUUCCUUUACAACGAAUAGUUCAAUCAGUAAAACACACCAAACGAAGAGGUUCCAAAGUGAUCAAAGAAGGAUGGUUAGUGCACUUUACGAAUAAAGACAAAACGGUGCGACGUCAUUUCUGGAGGCUAGACACAAAGUCCAUAGUUCUUUUUCAAAGCGAACAAAGUUCCAAGUAUUAUAAAGAGAUUCCCCUAUCAGAAAUUUUAACCAUCGACACAGCCCGCAUCAAACAAGGAGAGUAUAUGCAUUGUUUCGAGAUCAGAACGGCCAAUAUAGACUAUUUUGUCGGGCAAGACCCAUUGUUUAAUCUCCAAGAUGGAAACCUGGUCAAUUUACCCCCUCCGGAUAGUGGUGUUGGUGCUUAUCUUGCCAAAAGUUGGGAAACUUCGAUCCGGCAAGCCAUUGUGCCUGUGCAAGCUAAUCAAAAACAUGAAGAGACUACUGCCAGUGAAGAACAAAUCACUGAUAUGAGUCAGCUUUAUCAAAUCUAUCCAGAUGAGGUUCUUGGUUCGGGUCAAUUUGGAAUAGUCUAUGGAGGAGCUCAUCGAAGAACAGCUAGAGCAGUGGCCAUUAAAGUUAUCGACAAAUUAAGGUUCCCGACCAAACAGGAAGCCCAAUUAAAAAACGAAGUUGCAAUUUUACAGAAUUUGUCCCAUCCCGGCGUUGUUAAUUUGGAGCGAAUGUUCGAAACCCCAGAGAGAAUUUUCGUGGUGAUGGAAAAACUCAAAGGUGAUAUGUUAGAGAUGAUUUUAUCCCAUGACAAAGGUAGACUGACUGAGAGGGUCACUAAAUUUAUUAUAACACAAAUACUUAUAGCUUUGAAGCACUUACAUAGUAAGAAUAUUGUGCACUGUGAUUUAAAACCCGAAAACGUACUGCUAAGUUCCGAUGCCGAAUUUCCCCAAGUGAAACUGUGCGAUUUCGGUUUCGCUAGGAUCAUUGGAGAGAAAUCGUUCCGUAGAUCUGUAGUUGGUACACCUGCUUACUUAGCUCCUGAAGUUCUUCGCAACAAAGGCUACAAUAGGUCUUUAGACAUGUGGAGUGUAGGCGUUAUAGUCUACGUCAGUUUAAGCGGCACAUUUCCAUUUAAUGAAGACGAAGACAUAAACGAACAAAUUCAGAAUGCCGCGUUCAUGUACCCACCGAAUCCUUGGAAGGAAAUUUCUUCUGAUGCUAUUAAUUUAAUCAACAACCUCCUGCAAGUUAAACAGAGAAAAAGAUACACAGUGGAUAAAUCUUUAAGCCACAUCUGGCUGCAGGACUACCAGACUUGGUGUGAUCUUCGAACGCUAGAAAACCAAGUAGGAGGGAGAUAUUUAACUCACGAGUCCGAUGAUCAAAGGUGGGAGCAGUACAGGGCCGAAGUAUGACCCGAAAAAGGAUGGUUACAUAGCUUUAAAAAGUGCCUUCGGAGUAUGCGCACUUAAACACACAACAAAAACCUCUAACAAGAAGAAUAUCGGUGAUUUCUUCGUUUACGAUUUUUCAAAUUGUCUAAUUAAUUGUUAAACUACAUUGGCGAGAAAAAACAAAGUCAGCAUGGAAACGAUUUGAAGUUUACGUUUUGCUUGAUACUAUUUUCACCCCUACACAUUCUUGAACAAUUCUGAGAGCUUAUAUAUGUCUUUGGAAAUUUCUUCAUAACUCAACAAAGACCGGUGGUCCAUUUCGAUAUUCUUUGACAACUUUCAGAGACACAAAAAUAAUCAAAGGCACAAAAAGCAUCAUAAAUUAUAUUCUUAUAACUUCCAUAGUGUACGUGUGAACUGUGUCUGGUUCUGAAAAGACUUGUGUCAAACUAAGCCGACUUACUGCCCAAAUAGAAGUCGCUUGUCACCACAAACUAGAAUAUACCUUUCUGCUAGUCUUCUUCAGAUUCUUAGAUUUCCACCAGAUCUAUUGAAGCGAUUUAUAUUUCGAUGCCAGCGUUACAAUGAUGGACCUAUUGAAUUCUGUUCCACAAGACAAUCUAAUAAUGCAGAACGUUCUUCUAACUGUUCAUUAACUAAUAUUCACAUUUAUUGGAGUUAAUUACGUUGUUCUAAUUUGCAGGCCCUAACAAACGCUUAUUUCUCGGACUGACAAAUCUUUUUUGGACUGAUUAUGUCUUGUUUUCUCAAAACCUCGAUACGCAUUUUAUGUAUUCACCAGCUUUUAUCAACAAUUCUUAAUUUCAUGUUGUCCUCAACCAUCUGGUAACAUCAUUACAACUUUUGUCGCAUCCAUAAAGGUAACAGACAAUUUUCUGAUAUGACAACGGUCAUAACUGUCUGUAAUUGCUCCUGGUUAUACAGUGAUUUCCAAUUAGCAGAUGUAAACAUUUAGACCAUCACAAUUUCAGAUAGAAAUAAAUGUUUUACUCGUCAGUGUAUUUACAUUGGAUUUUGGUUAUGCUAGAGGAAAACCAUUUUUAAAACAAUUGUGCCAAUAGUAACAAAACUAGUACCUUAAACACAGUUUCAGAAUUACUUCCAUUUAAAAAAGUUUUAAUACCUGUUGAUAAUAUUUUUAUAGAUAAUUUACAUUUUUCAUUUUAUAGGAAGAUGAAAUCUAAUAUUGGUAGUUGAAGUGACUGCUAUGUUUAUUGAAAAAAUUAGGAGAGUAUCUAAUAUUUCACAUUGAUUAUUCAUAUUUUACUUUAUACAAGCUUUGUCUCGAGCAUAAUGGGAAAACUUAACUCUUAAAUAACUAAACUCUUCAACGAACAUUUCUUCGUUAACAUUGUCUGACAAGCUGUCACCAUUCAUCGUUACAGUAGAUUCCCGUAAGUUCGGUCACCUCUGGACCGGACCCUAGGCCGAACUAACCGAUGCUUAUCUAAAAAAUGUCCAUUUAUUGUUUGUAUGGAUCUAGCAAGAACAAAACACUUGUACAUUAAGUAGAAGACAACACAGAGGAAUACUCUGACAUAUAUUUAACACAUUUGAAAAGAUAAACUGUACAAAAAUACUAUAAAACAAUACUUACAGAAUUCUAGGCCUAAUAUUUUUUAUUUAACAUCCAAUGUUUAUUGCAAUCUGUCUCAUUACAAACAAUAAGAAAUAUGUAUAAUUUAUGUACAAUAACUGACACUGACACACAUAUAAGUAUUACAAGACUAAAAAAAAGUCAAUGAAAGAUUUAGAAAACACCAGAAUAAAAACUUGUUAUUUCACCGCACUAUGACACUAUGAAUCAUAUCACACAUAUUAUAUGAAUCAAGGGGCAUCUGUGAGAGUAGGACUCGAAUCUACAUCAUAUUUCUCAAUCGAAAAGGUGUACGAUAGGGUUGUGUUCUGUCACCCCUCCUUUUAAAUCUUUACUCUGAAACGAUUUUCGAUAGAGCCUAAGUGCCUUAAUGUGGUAUUUAGAAGACUACUUAAAAUUCCCUGGACAGAUCACACAACAAAUGUCGAAGUAUUAAAUCGAAUGGGCAGAGAACGAGAAUUGCUGUCAAUUAUAAAAAGAAGAAAAACUGCUUAUCUGGGUCAUAUAUUUCGAAAUUCCAAGUACCAGUUCUUAAAGCUUAUUAUGGAAGGGAAGAUAGAAGGAAAACGAGGCAUCGGAAGAAAGAAAUACUCAUGACUUAAAAACAUAAGGGAUUGGACAAAUCUCGAUGCCCAUGCACUUUUUAGAGCCACACAAGAUCGCGAGAAGUAUUCCAGAAUUGUCGCCAACGUCCACUAAUUGGAUAGGGCACCAUAAGAAGAAAAUUACACUAUGAUCUGUUUCUCCAUAUUUACUAGAGGUCCAAAAGGUCUGGUCGUUUUAAUCUUCUUUCGUGUGAAAUGUUGAGCAGAUCCGUAGCCAGCGGAUUUGGAUAGUCUAGUCUUGGAUACCGAGUUUACAGCAGAUAUUGCUUCGCUAACUGUUGGUAACUGUAAAUCGUGGUAUAAUCUGUGGUUCGUAAUGUACUAAGGGGUAAUGCAGAUCUGGCGCAGCACUUUCGAUUGAAAUCGUUUUGUAUAUUGGUAUUACUUGCUAUUCUCCAGGCUAAGAUUUGAUUUUCGACUCAUGUACCAAUACAUUUUCCUGUAGAUUAAGCCGAGUUCAAGGCGUUUCUUCCAGAUGUGGAUACCCUAAUUAAGUUUGCUAUCCAAAUGAAUUCCUAAGUAUUUAACGACGGUAUUAACUGGUAUUGUUUAUAGAAACUGGUGGCGCGACACCUUUUUUUAAAGUAAACGUUAUGUUGGUUUUAAACUGUUAACUUGGACUCACUAUAGUUUAAGCCAACUCUCUAAAUUUUGUAAUACCUGGGAUGCUUCAGUUGCUGUAGAAUUUGAAGCCAUGAUAACUGUGCCAUCGGCAUAUGUAGCGAUUGUUGUAUUGGUCGUCGUUGGGAGAUCUGAUGUUUAUAUUAAGUAGAGGGUGAGUCCUAGUAUGCUUCCUUGUGGAGCUCCGGAACAAAUUGGAAACAGGUUAGUGAUUUCCCCAUUUCUUUUGACUUGAAAUAAUCGAUCUGUCAGGUAGGAUCUUAAAAGUGAGCUUAUGGGAUGAGGAAAUAUGGAUUUAAUUUUAAAGAUAAUACCUACAUGCCCAACUUUGUCGAAUGCUUGAUAAAUAUCUAGAAAUGCAGCAGUACAGUAAUUUUUUUGUUCGAGCGAAAUUCUGAUAGUCUUUACCACCCGGUAUUUCGUCGUAUUCCUUGGCCGACAUGUACACAAUAUCCUUCAUAUUAACUGACUUCAGCACUUUUAAGAGGUCUAAGUUUGGAAAGAACUUAAGAAAGCAGUUUUCGGCAAUACUUUCUCUUGAAGCACUCAAUGACCUCUUGGUUCAUGGGCUGUUGAAGACUAGUUACAUUGGGUGGCGGGAUCAGCAGUUUAAUUUCUUUUUUAUCGUCACACUGAAGACCUUCCUGGUGAGUAGGCGCGUUAUCAAGUAGUAGAAGUGCUUUGAUGUACAGAUUUAAUUUUGUCAAAUGGUUUUUCACUUUCGGAAUAAAUUCGCACACAAACCAUUCCCUGAACAAAUAUGUGUCCAUUCAUGCUGAUUGGUGCAACCGGUAAUACACUGAUAGAGUUUCCAUGUUUUAUAUCCUUAAACUCUCUAGGUUUUGCUGCUGUACCAAUGACAAAUAGGGGUAUCUUAUGGGUCCCCGAGGCGACUGUUAUCAUCUCUUUGCUGACUUUAAAUCCUGUAGAAGAUGUUUCUUUGGGGUGGAAAAGGUUUUUCUGGGCAGAAGUCUACAAUUUAACCCAGUGUUGCUCCAACAUCGACGAAACUCCAAUAAAUUGGUCCAAAUAGGAGCAUAAAUCAUCAUGCAUUGGAGGAAACAUGGAAAUACAGUGGAAGAUAAAUAUCCUGGACUACACCGUAUGAUCAUCAUCCAUGGUGUUACAGCCUAGAUGUCUCUGCCUUCACUAGGAACAUACUAGUACAUACUGGCAUCAUACUAGUGCAUACUGGUAAAAUGUCGAUGGCGUCAUAUUUUUGACAGAUUUCAAAACAAAUUGACUUCGAGGAUUUCCAAAUGUGCAGGAUGAGACCUUUGACUUUGAAUCCUUUUAAAAUGAGAGACAAAACUUUCAUUUCUGUACUUUACAAUAUCUUAAUUAGUAAUUGAGCCAAUAUUGUAACAUGUGGUGCACAUUGCGUGAGAUUUAAAAAAGUAGAUUGAUCAUUUAAGUACAACAGAAGAAACAUAGGAUAUAAUGUUUCUUUUUUUCUUCUGAAAACUUCCAUAAUUACCUCUAGGAAGACAUAAAAGAAGGCCAAACAUUGAAACUAGAAUAUAUAUUUUUAUUACAUAGUAUUCUUAAGCAAAACAGUAUUUACCAUUUUUUAUUAGAGAUCUUGAUUCCAAAGAUGGUUUCUCUGGUAAAGCCAAAUGUCCCAAAACCUUGGUACUUCCAUAUUGCUUGUAAUACUCAAAAGUUGAUAUAUGCUAUUUUAUAUGUUACAAAAGAGAGUUAAAUUUCAAACAAAAGUAAUCAUUCCUGAUUUUUUAUUUUUAAAGUAUUUAUUUAUACAUGUAUGGUUAUACAAAAUAUUUUAUUUUUUAUUAAUGUUUAUUUAUACAGUUUUUAGCAAUAAAGAGUAACAUUUUCAACACUUUAUCUAAUUUAGUGAAUUGGAAAAUAAAAUUUUCUAU